GGGCCAGCAGGUCACAUGACUCGCUCACAAAGAAGCUGUCAGCUGAUUCUGUGAACAAGCCGCUGGAGCUGCUAGAACGAAAGAUGACGACCUGUAGGCUCGCGGUGGGGAUUCUGUUCUGCACGGCUACAGUCCUGACGUCGUGCGGCGCCGCUACUAACCCCAACGUCACCACAAGCCUUCUCUGGCCGCUUCCCAGCAACCUAUCCUUCAGCACAGGCUACCUCACCAUCGAUCCCUCCAACUUCAAGUUUGUUCCCAGCGGCCCCGGUGGCAGCAGUCACCGUCGUGCAGGGUGCUCUGGAGCGAUACUACAAGUUUAUAUUCGACACUCCCGUCCCGUACUACCCUGGAGGGGACCCUGGGACCGUAAUGGGGACUCUUUCAAUGGUCUACGUGGACGUGGCGAGCAGUGACGAAUCUCUGGGACCUGAUACUAACGAAAUCUAUUCAAUGAGGAUAGGUCCAGGAACUUCCUCAAUGUCUUCUGCUACUGUGUACGGUGCACUUAGAGCACUUGAGACUUUCAGUCAGUUGGUGUAUAGGACACCAGAAGGAGGGUAUGCUAUCUCUGAAGUGAUGCUAGUGGACGCUCCCCGGUUCACCUAUCGUGGCAGUAUGAUCGACUCGUCUCGCCACUACCUCUCACGCAACACAAUCCUAGCUCACCUGGAUGCAAUGUCCUACAGCAAGUUCAACGUUCUCCACUGGCACAUCACAGAUGACCAGAGCUUUCCCUACGAGAGCAUCGUCUUCCCUCAGCUCAGCCAGAAGGUACGUUUAUGUAACCCCUCAGUGUCACGAUUCGUGUAUCAC